CCUUAUUUCGGGACAUGAAGACACAGUGCGCUUCUCACUGGCUCCUGGGAGUGAUGUUCAUUCUCUGCUUAGUUCACACCCACAGUCUCAGGAGAUGUCUGAUUUCUGUGGACAUGAGCCUCAUAGGAAAGAGUUUCCAGGAAAUCAAGAGAGCCCUGCAAACUAAGGACACCUUCCAAAAUGUCACCAUCCUGUCCACACUGGAGAAUCUGAAGAGCAUUAAGCCUGUAGAUGUGUGCUGCGUGACCAACAACCUCCUGACGUUCUACAGAGACAGGGUGUUCAAGGACCAUCAAGAAACCAGCCCCAAGGUCCUGAGGAGAAUCAGCAGCAUUGCCAACUCUUUCCUCUACAUGCAGAAAACUCUGGAGCAAUGUCAGAGGCAUCGACAGUGUCACUGCAGCCAGGAAGCCACCAAUGCAACCAGAAUCAUCCAUGACAACUACAAUCAGCUGGAGGUCUCAUCUGCUGCCAUCAAGUCUCUGGGAGAGCUGGACCUAUUUUUAGCGUGGAUUGACACGAAUCAUUGGGAAAGGUCUGCAGCUUGACACUAACUGCCUCGUCCAGUUAUCUAGGGAUAAACAGCCCACUGUGAGGGCUUUCUUCUGUUUGUUUUUGUGAUCAACAGCUAACUUGAAGAGGAGAGAAAUGUGGAAAGCCCCUGUAAUUAUCUAAAAUGAGCAUCUUUUCUGUAAACUUGCUGAUGUGGAAGGAAUUCUCUCUUCUGGGCUGGAGCCAGGAAAAAUUUGGGUUUGAGUGGAUCUCAGCUCCUGGCUGAGGACUCAGCUCUCUGAUCCCACCUGAAAAUAGCCGAGUUUGGCUGCUGUGGUAUUUAUAGCAUUAUGUGGCUGUCCAGAGGUCCCAGAAGCUGUCAUAGGAGCAAUGGGCAGCCUCUCUAACAUAGGCUUCUUCCAGGCCUAUGCUGUGCACCUCACAGGGUGCUGUAGUGCAUAUUGUACCGACUGACAUUUAUGAAUAAACUGUGCUUUAUCUAUGAGAAGUUAUUGCCUUCUGACUCAUGAAAGAUUCAUCUAUGGAAAUAAGAGAGGCCCUAAAGAUCCAGAGCAACCAGGGAAGCUUAGUUCUAGAUAGGGAUAAAAUGUAUGUGAAUAUAUGACUAAAUUUUCAUUGCUGUAACAAAAUAUCUAGGUUGGGUAACCUUGUCAAUAAAGCAAGUUUAUUUAGCUCAUAGUUCUAAAGGUCCAAGAGUAUGGGUUGCACUGUUUGAGCCCUGGUGAGGACUGCACAGCAGCUGUUGUCACAGUGGAGGAGUGUGACAUGGAGAAGAGAGCACACUGAGACAGAAGCCAGAGCAAUUCAGGAAUUAGGCCCACUCUUUCUCUUUUAAAUAUACUUUUAUUUACUCUUUGAGAAUUUCAUAUAUAGUAUGCAGCCACCAUGGGAAGCAGAGUCAUGCAUGAUCCGUGAGAGGCAAGAAGGUAGUUCUGUUUAUCGUGACUCAGUAUCUGGUGUUGGUUCAAACUUUGGACCAACUUGGGGGGAGUCUGACCCCAAGUAGUUAAUUUUAGGUAUAUUUAAGCACAGCACAGUUUGGUGAAAAUUUUCUUGGUGAUAACUUAUUUUGCACAACAAGGCUGAGGGCAUGACUACAUUGAAGCUCUUUGUAAAGUAUAUGUGACAUCUUCCAUAGAGAUAGGUUCUAUAUGUUGAGAAGAACAAGCUCAUGAGAAAGGUCUGGGGAGUCUCUGAUAGCACCAUUGAUUGACUGAGAAAAACAAGAUCAAGACUGGGUCUGAGGAAGGAUCCUAACAGGACUCAGUGGCCACAACCAACAGCAAUUAACCAACAACCAACAACUCACCCUGUAUCUUGGUGCCCUAAUAUUUAUAUACUCUCUGAAAAGUCUCCAGAAUUCCAAAUGUCACACAGUCGCAGAAACUACCCGCCACUGGCAAAAUCACACUCCUGUUAGAGCUCGAAGCCCAUCAUAGUAAGCUGCUGUGGACAAUCUAAGUCCUGAGACUAAAACAAAAACAUAUUCAUAUAAUAUUUCUACCUUUUUUUUUUUUAAAGAAAACCAAAAUUUUUACUACACUGCUCAGCCAUCUGACUUCCUGAGCAUUCCUGACACACCAGGCAUGCUGUUACCCCCAGGCCGGUGUGCUUCAUGCAUAUGCAUGCCUGCAAACUAGAAGGAUUUUAGCCCUCUCACCUUACAAAUCAUGCCUCAAUGGGACUGAUAGGCUCUCACAAAGAAGCAAACUUGUUUGCAGAGUACUCAGACUCUUCAGGUGACCAUGAAUUGCGACCCACACCAAGAUAGCUAGAUGACCAGUUCCAACAUUUUUGGUAUUUUUCUGACCACACUAGAUUUCCCCAAAGAUUGGUGUCACUUGCACUCCCACUUUCUUCAAGCUUUUAUUCCAUAGAACUCUAUGUUAGCCUAAUAUCCCAGCUCUGCCAUUAGCAAUCUCAUGUCUUUGUCAUGUUUCUCUAGAAUCCUAUUUGUUUACUGCGUCUCCCAACUUGGGUGUAAGCUCCAUGAACACAGGGGAGUUUGUUUGUUCAUUCUCUGAUACUUAGUACAUGUUCAGUUCACAUUUAUUGAGCAAAUGAUUAAGUUAAAGCAAUUCUAUUAAGCAAACAUUUAUAUUGUAUAUGCUGGCAUUAGUCUCCAAAUGUAUAUACUAUAUUAUACUAUAUAUUUUACUAUAAAUGGUUUUUUUUUAUUUAAUUCUCGUAACAAUCCCAUAGCAAUGCUGAGCAUGAAGCUAGGUUAUAAAGGUUACCUUAUUGAAUGCCAGUAGUAAAGAUAAUUAUACCCCAGGGCUGAUACGGGAAAAGAGGUUAAAGUAAGGUAUCCAGAGCCACACAGCUCAUACACAGUAAGGCUACUCUUCCAUUCUAAGAACAUGGUUUCAGAAUGAACAGUAAUGUUAAGAGCAAUGGAUAUGUCCUGAAGCACUACUGGCAAACAGCGGGUUUUCUUCUAAACUCUAGGGUUGUCCUGGAAGGUAUAGACUAUUGGUAGCAAACAAAGAAGAAUGAAGUUUAUCAGAGUUCUCUAAAGGAAUAGAACUGAUAGAAUGAAUUCAUAUACACAUGUGUUCAUGCAUGUGUGUGGACAUGUGUGUGUAUGCACAUGCACACAUACACACAGGCAUAUGUAUAAGGUGGCCUACAGGCUGUGGUCUCAGUAGUCCAAAAAUGACCGUCUCCUGACAGAAAGGCCAAGGAUCUGGUAUUGUUCAGUCCAUGAGACUAGAUAUCUCAGCAGUCCCAAUUUGGUGCUAAAGUCCCGGCCUGACAAUUCUUAGAGAACAUCUUCCGUCUAUGUUAGAUCCUGAAGAAAUAGGGUGAAGGGACGCCUCAGAAACGGGGUAGAUGAACUUGCCAAUGAGAGUGAGGGCAAGCAGGCAAAAAGCAAAUGCUUCUUUUAUCCAUGUGUUUUCACAUAGGUGACACCAGAAUGUGUGGCUAAGAUGUGGAGUUGCUCUUCCCACCUCAGAUAAUCCAAUAAGGAAAAUCACUUACAAACAUGCCCAGCUGCUUUGGGUUUUAGAUGAUUCCAGAUGUGGUCAAGUAUACAACUAAGGUGAGCCAUGAUGAGUUGUAGAACCAGAAUCCAAACUCUAAAUCUAGGACCCUCAAUCAUGGGGCCUGUACAUUUAUGAUGAGAAGCCUGGAAGAGGAGGAGAUUUACUGAUAUGGUAAGCUGUUCCUGCAGGAAAGAAAUGCUGUUGUCAGUGGUAGUAGAAGUUGUAGUAGAAGAGGAAGAAGAGCGAGGAGAGAAGGAGGGAGGAAAGCAGAAUUCUCCCUCUCAUCUCAAUUAACAUUUUAUCCGCAUUCUCCAUGUCUACUUACCUCACAUCUCAGCUCUCAGACUUGAUCAAUAUAUUCUGGGUACUUUGUAUUGUUUUUGUCAAUAUG